GGAUGAGCUUCAUGUAUAAAAUCUUUCGCGAAUCUCUGUAUCCCCCAUCUAUAACUUUCAAGUUCUCGAACCAGCUUAUUAUUUGCUAAGAAAACUUACUCAAGUGACACAACUGAAGGUGGAGCUGUUGUUCUGAAAGUGACCAUGAUGUUGAGAAUCUGUGUUUUUGUCUUGUCUUUCGGGGUUGCUGUUCUCACUGUCACAUCAGCCGCCAACGUCACACCGGAGAGCACAGAGCACAUCUUUGGACCAACAGGUCCUUCCACAGGGAGAGCUGUCAACAGCGAGGUCGACGUGGACGAGGAGAACGUUCUCGAUCCGACCACCGUUCUUGACGGUAUACGGUUACGCGAUCUCAGUUACGAAGAACUUAUGUUUCUCCUUAAUAACGAAGACGACUUGUUUGUAUCGGAAAUGGACAUCCUGGCCCUGAAGAAAUUUGUGGAGAAGAAAGUCGCCUCUCGGACGUCUGGGGGCCUCAGGAAGAAACGAGCAGGCGUCCGAGCUUUAGGGGUGGCCCGUGGAUUGUUCAGAGGGUCAACAAUCGGCAGGUUGACCACUAGUGGACGAAGUGUGACGAGAAACUACGAAACACAGGGCGAUUUUCACACUGCGGUGACCCAUUUCAACAACCUGAACCCAACAGACAGAUCCGCCUUCUCAGGUCGUAUUAGUGGAUUUACAGGAAUGGUGGGAAAUCACAGGGUGACUGCUCGCGACGGUAGUAAAUUUGGCGCGCCCACUUUGGAAAUCAGAUCUCCCAAAGCUGGUGGCACGACUAUGGUCAGAAAAUUUAGGUUCACGCCAAGUGGAGUUAACCGAUAGAGCACGGCCGCACAGUGCCACUCCGAUUUUUUAAAUGUUCUGUUUCGCAAAACACCUGCAAAUAGAAAAUAAAAGGAGCCAGCAACAAGCGGUAGCCAAAUAUUUUAUCAAUGCAAAGUCCUCGCCGCCAUGUAAAUGCGUGUUUUGGCAAAGCCCGUUCUAAUAAUAAUAUGUCCUGUUUAGAGUUAAUAUCCUUCAGGAAAGAAGAAAAGUCUAGAAAUAAAAAGAGGGUCAGAACAAUUUUA